AUGAAGCACUACGCCGCCAAGCCUUGCGGAUCAACCAAAAACCGCUGCCGGGCUUCUCCCGGUGUUCUGCCGCCGCCGGUAGCAGUGGAAGAGUAUGGAAUGGCUGGUGAAGAGAUGCAGCAAAGAGCUCUUCUAAAGCCCUCAGUGCAAGUCAUGAGCUGCUUCGUCGAUCAAACGACGCUCAAGAUGACCAGGCGACGCCCGAUCAAGAUCAAAGAUGCGAAACCUCCCUUCCCAAGCCGAGCGACAUUCCUUUUCCUCCCCGGCGAGCUCCGCAACAAGAUCUACGCUCUCUGUUUCGAUGUGGAGCACUCGCGCGUGCCGUUGAACCCGUUUCACCUCAACAAGCCAGACCAGUACAUCGCGCUCGCGCGGACAUAUUCGCAGAUGUACGGCGAAGUGCGAGGCUACAUGACCGAGAACCAAGCCGCCUACAUCCCGGUCAUGGUGGUCCCGUCAUGGGAACAUCUCCGUCAUCGUUGA